GCGGCCCGUGCACGCCUCGAGGUCACCUCAUGGCCGCAUGGCCGCUCAUGAACCUAUAUAAACGCCGACCUCUUCUUCGCCGCUCUUCAUCUCGUACAGCUCACGCCGUCCGCUCACCUCUAUCCGUACUCUGAACACACGCACUUCUAAUAUGGCCAUCUCGUUCGACCUCCCGCCCAUCCGCAUCGCGCUCUACACGCUGGUGACCCUUUUCUCUAUCGUCGUCUUCGGUCUCUCCAUUGCUCGCAUUGUCUACACGAAGGGCCUGUCGCCCUGGGACCCCUUGAACCAUGGACAACCGUACUAUGACCCCAUCGUCGCCGAGCUGAUAGUGUCAACAAUUCUCACUGUACCCUGGUCCAUCUUCGUCAUGCACACCAUUCACAAGCGCGUCGAGCGUCGCCGUGUUAGCACCUUCCGCUCAGAGCUGAUUGGCCUCUUCAUCAUCUGGGUCUUCUGGCUGUGCGGUGCUGCCAUUGCUACUGUCACCGAAAACCGCGGCACGCCCGGCCGCUGGGGCGACCUCUCCUUCUGCUGGGAGUACAAGCAGUGCCGGAUCCUCACCACGCUCCUCGCCUUCGCCUGGUCGACGUGGGCCAUCCUCACCUUCCUCCUCGUCAUCAGCCUCAUCUUCGUCACCGCGAACCGCGCGCUGCUCGAACCGAUGCACGGGCGGUGGGACCCGCGCGCGAGCCACUAUGGCGCGACGCAGCCGGCGCCGAUGAUGGGGUAUGCUUGAGGUGCUGAGAGAUGCUGAUGUGGCGACGCACGCGAAUGACCAAGCAUACGCCACGCCACCGAGACUACGACUAGAACGACUCGCCCGGAACGUACGACUUCACGUGGACGUACGUCUGGCACGGACAUCCAUCUACAAUAGGGCUUGUAUCCCAUCAAUGUCUUGCAAACGGGACACGCCUCUACGAAAAUCACGACUGGAACGACGGUUAUCCCUCUUUUCUAUGUAUAUUGAUACUGUACCUACUGUGCCGUUGGGAUUCGGAACGAUUUAUGUAUGUUUGUAAGUAACUAGUGAUUGUUGGAACGUCGAUAGAUUGGAUGGGUCGUAGCUUGGUGUGCAUCCGGGUCUGAUUGAAGGCAAGGGAAGUACUAGUGGCGCGCGCUUGUCAAGUUGAGC